AUGGGUGCAACAUAUUGGAAGUUCAAUGCCGAUUCUUGUAAAGUUGAAAGGGUCGGUAUGACACCACAGGCACCAAACGAAUCUGUGGGUGAUGUUGUUUGCGCCGAUUGUAACUUCAACAACACUGUCUGUCACAUCGUAAAGAUUGUUCUCAAGCGUUAUAGUCUUCCUGGUGUUCUUCCCCCUGAACUUGUGAAGCUUCCUAACCUCCGAGAAAUUGAUUUUGCUUACAAUUACCUCAGUGGUACAAUACCACUUGAAUGGGCUUCAACGCAGUUGACCUCUAUCUCUGUCCUUGCAAAUCGCUUAUCAGGGGAAAUCCCAAAGGAAUUGGGGGAGAUUACUAGUCUCACAUACCUGAGCCUUGAAGCAAACCAAUUUUUGGGUACUGUUCCUUCGGAGCUUGGGAAGUUGGUCAACUUAAAUAGCCUAAUGUUGUCGUCCAAUCUGUUGACGGGAAAAUUACCAACAACAUUUGCUGAACUAAGAAAAUUAUCAGAUUUUAGGAUAAAUGACAACAACUUCAGCGGACCCAUCCCUGAUUUUAUACAGAAUUGGAAACAGCUAAAAAGAUUAGAAAUGCAUGCAAGUGGACUGGAGGGACCCAUCCCUUCAGACUUAUCGCUUCUGGAUAAAGUGACUGAAUUGAGGAUUAGUGACAUAAAAGGGCCAACUCAAGGUUUUCCUAUGCUGAGUAGCAAUACAACAGGCAUAUUAAGAUUGGUAUUUAGAAACUGCAACAUUGUUGGAGAAAUUCCUCCAUAUAUUUGGGGAAUGAGGAGUCUGCAAAUGUUAGAUCUCAGUUUUAACAGGUUAGCUGGCCGAAUUCCAGAUGACAUUAGUGCGAGGAGUCUGAAAUUUGUGUUUUUAACUGGCAACAUGUUAAGUGGAAAUGUACCUGAUUCAAUUCUGAAGGAUGGAAGUAGUAUUGAUCUUUCCUAUAAUAAUUUCACAUGGCAAGGACCCGAGCAACCCGCUUGUCGACCAAACAAGAACCUAUACAUAAACAUGUAUAGAAGCUCUUCAACAGGCGACACCCUAAGGGAUAGUCUCCCAUGUAUGACGGAUGUCAACUGCCCAAGAUAUGGAUGUUCUUUACAUGUUAAUUGUGGUGGAAACGAUUUAAGGCUCAAAGAAGGUAAAGACAAUGUUGAGUAUGACGGAGAUGCAGCAGUUGAAGGUGGUGGUAGUUCAAGAUAUUAUGUCAGUCAUAAUUAUUGGGGAUUUAGUAGCACUGGGGACUUCAUGGACGAUGAUAAUUUCCAAAACACACGUUUCAUCGAGAACACACCCGCAACUGGCAUCUCUGAAUUGUAUAAUACAGCACGCGUUUCUCCUAUUUCACUUACCUAUUUCCACUAUUGCAUGGAGAAUGGAGAUUACACCAUAACUCUGCUCUUCGCGGAAAUACUUUUUACAAAUGACAGUACAUAUACCAGUCUUGGGAGGCGGAUUUUUGAUAUCUAUAUUCAGGGAAAAUUAGUUCGGAAGGAUUUCAGUAUCGAACAUGAAGCUGGGGGGGUUCAAAGGCCAGUAGAUAGACAAUUUAAUGCCAGCGUGACAAAUUAUUUCUUAGAGAUCAGAUUUCAUUGGUCUGGCAAAGGGACUACUCGCAUUCCUAAUAGAGGAGAGUAUGGUCCACUUAUAUCAGCUAUUUCAGUUAAUCCGACUUUCAAAUCUUGUUCAAGUGGUGAAAAGAAGAAGGUAACCGUUUAUGUUACUGUUGGAGUUGUGGCAUUAUGUGCUAUUUCCUUAGUACUCGGCAUUCUUUGGUGGAAACGCUGUUUGAGAAGCAGAAAACAGAAAGGAAAUGAUUUUGAAGGAAUGGAGCUGCAAACGGUUUCUUUCACCCUAAAACAAAUUAAAGCUGCUACUAACAACUUCGAUCCUGCAAACAAGCUUGGAGAAGGUGGUUUUGGUCCCGUUUACAAGGGCCUAUUAUCUGAUGGCACUGUAAUUGCGGUGAAGCAGCUCUCCUCUAAAUCAAGGCAAGGGAACCGUGAAUUUUUGAAUGAGAUUGGCAUGAUUUCUUGUGUGCAGCAUCCAAAUCUUGUUAAGCUUCAUGGAUGUUGUAUUGAAGGGGAUCAAUUGUUGCUUGUAUAUGAGUACAUGGAAAACAACAGCCUUGCCAGUGCUUUGUUUGGUUCUGCGGACAGUCAGUUGGUGCUGGAUUGGCCAACAAGGUUUAAGAUCUGUGUUGGGAUUGCUAGAGGUUUAGUGUUUCUCCAUGAAGAAUCGAUAUUCAAAAUUGUUCACAGAGACAUUAAAGCCACUAAUGUGUUGCUUGAUAGAGACCUAAACCCUAAAAUUUCUGACUUUGGACUGGCUAGGCUCAAUGAAGAUGAAAAUAGCCACAUUAGCACUCGAGUCGCUGGAACAAUAGGAUAUAUGGCACCAGAAUAUGCACUAUGGGGUUACUUGACCUACAAGGCAGAUGUUUACAGCUUUGGGGUUGUGGUGUUGGAAAUUGUUAGUGGGAAGAACAACAACAAUUACAUGCCAAGUAACACCUGUGUUUGUCUUUUAGAUUGGGCCUGUCACAUGCAACAAAGUGGAAGCAUAGAUGAGAUUGUUGAUCAGGGGUUGGGGUCUAAAGUUAACAAAGAAGAAGCAGAAAGGAUGGUGAAAGUAGCACUCUUGUGUACAAAUGCAUCUCCAUCACUCCGGCCUAUUAUGUCUGAAGUAGUCAGCAUGCUUGAAGGACGAAUGUCCAUUCCAGAUGUGAUCCCGGAACCUAGUAGCUAUACUGAAGAUUUGAGAUUUAAAGCCAUGAGAGACUUUCGUCAAGAGAAGCAAACCCAGAGUUUCAGUGGAACCCAAACCCAAAACUCAUUGACGACACAAACAGAUGUGUGCACUUCGAUUGCAUCAACUAUUGAUAAAUUUGAAAUUAAUCCAGGUCACAGAUCCUACUGAAGAUGGUUUGUUGGUUUUUUUAUAGAAUUCUUGGCUUUUAGUGGAGUACAUAUAGUUUUGUUUUCCCUCCAGUGAGAGGAGUGCCAAUCACCACAACUGGUCAUCGCGAGGUCAUGACCGCAGAAGGGCCAUGUCUGUUAUGCCCUCAAUACACUCCUAUCUGGGGUCCUUUUCUUCCUAUUUAAAGUUAAUAUUUUGUUGUGUUAUUUUGUAUUUGGACUAAAAAAUAUUAUGUUUGUAAUUGGGUCAUAAAAUAUUAGUGUGUUUGAAUUAUGUUUUGUUGUAUUUAAUUAGGCCCAUAGAUAGAAAACUUUAGAAUUAUUUGGGUGUGUUUAGAUAAAGCUUGUAAGAAUUUUUUCUAGAAUAUAUAGUGUUUAUAUUUAGGUGUGUCUAAAUAAAGAUUGUUAGAGACUUUUUUUUUAAUAUAUGGAGUAUCUAUAUAAAGCUUGUAAAAGCUUUUUUUAGAAGAUGAGAAGGAAUGAAAAGAAAAACUAGUUC